UUAGACAUAAGAAAUAUGGCUAGCCACGGAUACGUUGAUUGGCAGUUCGGAGGCAGCGAUGCAGCUGAAAAGGCCGCUAAAGCCUCUCUAGGCACUUACUCUUCUGAAAUCUUUAGCAUGUGCGACCUUCAAGGAAAGCCUAUUUUGCCUCCACUAAGCGAGGAGGCAGAGACAAGCCAUACUGUCGAAAAGGCGGUUGUUCAAGCUGUCCUUUGUGGCAGGGGAAACGCCUAUGCUCCUAGUAUUGGCCUCUCUGUUGCGAAACGUGCUAUGGCGGAUUAUUUAAACCGAGAUCUUGAUAACAAGCUAACGGGAGAUGAUGUAUAUAUGACUGUUGGAUGCAAACAAGCAAUUGAGCUUGCGGUCAAAAUCCUGGCUAAACCGACAGCCAACAUCUUGCUUCCGAGGCCUGGUUUUCCAUGGGACAUGGUCCACUCUAUUUACAAAGAGCUUGAGGUUCGAAGGUAUGAAUUCAUCCCGGAAAGAGACUUUGAGAUCGAUUUCGACAGCGUAAGAGAGAUGACAGACGAGAACACGUUUGCGAUAUUUAUAAUCAACCCCCAUAACCCCAACGGGAACUACUACACUAAGGCUCAUCUUGAGCAGCUGGCAACAUUGGCUCGGGAACUCGGGAUAAUGGUAAUUUCGGAUGAAGUAUAUAGAUGGACCGUGUUCGGGAGUAAUCCCUUUGUUCCAAUGGGAAAAUUCUCCUCGAUAGUACCCGUAGUUACUGUCGGGUCCAUAUCGAAAGGGUGGAUAGUCCCAGGAUGGCGAACCGGCUGGCUUGCACUGCACGAUAUAAAUGGUGACUUCAAAACCACCAAGGUCUUAAAAGCUGCUAAAGAAUAUCUUGAGAUUAGUUCUAAACCACCAACUGUUAUCCAGGCGGCUAUUCCUACCAUCUUGGAGAAAACUCCUCAAGAGUUCUUCGAUAAGAGGCAGAGUUUUCUGAAAGACAAAGUGGAAUUUGGAUAUUCAAAGCUCAAGCACAUACCAACCCUCACCUGUUACAUGAAACCUGAAGCAUGCACUUUCUUAUGGACAAAGCUGGACCCAUUGGAUUUUGUAGACAUUGAAGACGAUCACGACUUCUGUAGGAAACUUGCUAAGGAAGAAAACCUCGUUCUUUUACCUGGGAUUGCAUUUGGUCAGAAGAACUGGUUGAGGCAUUCUAUCGACAUGGAGACUCCGAGACUAGAGGAUGCAUUUGUAAGAUUGAAGAGCUUCUGUGAACGCCAUUCCAUUAUAGUUGAAGCUAAUGGCGUCAACUAAAGACUUCCGAUUUCUCGAAUAUAUCUGAGGCUAAGAUAUAAUCAUGGGGAUGGUUUGCUGAUAUGAAAUAAUAAAUCAUUAAGAGUUUGUGAUAAAUAAAAUGGUGUUUUAAUCCCUCACAUCAAUCAUUAAGAGCAUGUAUCUUUGAGAAAUUAUUUCCAUGUAUUUUCUAAUUAUUCUACUCAUCUACGCAACAACUACAGUAUAAUUCUAUUUAUUCUCAGUUGAAUAGACUGGUUCGAUUUAAGUUCA